AUGAUAGCUGAUUCCGUUAAUAAUGCUGCAACUUCUGAAAUAUCUUAUGAUUAUAUGCAAGCUACUGAUGCUUCACCUACCACCACUACACCUACUACUGCUGCUACAUCACCUACUCUGCGUCAUCUUCACCACCAUCACCACCACCACCACCACCAGCAGCAGCAGCAGCAACAGCAACAACAGCAGCAUCAUCAUCAUCAAUUAAUAUAUUCCCCUACAACAGAUCAUAAUAAUGUUUCUCCACAAUCUCAACAUCAUCAUCAACAUCAACAACAUUCUCCUGUUUCUCCAAUGACUUCUUUAAUAACUGUAAAUUCAUCAUCACCUCCUACUUCAACGUCGCCUUCAUCAUCACCUCCAUUACCUCAAUCUGGUGCUACUACAAAUAGCUCUCUAACAGAUUUCUAUAAUCACAAUCAUCUUUUACAAGUAAAUAUUGGGAUGUAUAAUUAUACGAAUUAUUAA